CAGAUUCAGAUCUCAGUAUCUGGGGUCUGAGCAUCAAAAUGUCGCCCGCUACGGAUUUUCUUGGGUCGAAGAUGGACUGGAGAUUCACUCAACGCCAUGUCUUACAGCUUGCUGGUGCCACGGCGGCCCUCCUUUUGUUGGCAUUCCUCUACAUUAAUUUCAAUGUGGGAUCAUCAACAAUGAGUGAGGCGAUCCGGGUGAACAACAAAACCCAGUCCUGUAUAGAUUUCGACCCUGCAACUGUAUCCGAGAAACUGGGUUCAGCCAUAAAAUUUAAGCAACACUCCUACAAUAACGCCGAGAUUUCGGAGUUUGUGUGCAGUAUUAUGAACCAUGACAUGAAUCUCACUGCCAAGCUGGACUGCGCCGAGUCCAUCGACUCCCGAUAUGAACAUCUACGGCCCUCACCAUCCGGGACCCCCCGGAUUCAAUACUUCUUCGCAUUGGAUCUCUACCAAUCCGUCCACAUCAUUCUUCCGCUCAUGGGCUCCAUAAUGCAGGCAAUACGCUAUCUGGGACCCGAGUACUGUGCGCUCUCAAUCGUGGAGGGCCGAUCAACGGACGGUACAUACGCCAUUCUUGCUGGUUUAAAGACCGAGCUCGCCGCCAUGGGUGUGCCCUAUUUUCUUGUCCGAGACUACCUAAACCCCAAAGCUGGAGGUGAAAAUCGCAUCACGGCAUUGUCGCACCUCCGCAACCUCGCUCUUGAACCAUUACUGGUAGAGGGCAAGAGUAAACAUAGCCGGCUGGCCCCCAAGCCCACUAUUAUUUUCGUGAACGAUAUCGUGAUCUGCCCCGAAGAUAUCUUGGAAUUAAUUCAUCAGCGCGUUAUCCAGUCCGCAUCAAUGACCUGCGGGUUUGACUGGAACAAAAACGCUGGUAACUUCUACGACGCCUGGGUUUCGCGCUCGAUGUCGGGCAAUCUGUUCUUCGAAGUAACCCAUGAUGGCAAACAUUGGCUGGGUGACGAUAUGUUCUUUGACCACCCUGACAGUGUAGCCCGAUGGGAUCAAUCUCUCCCGAUACAGGUUUAUUCCUGUUGGGGUGGUAUGGUCACACUGGACGCCGAGCCGUUUAUUAAGGGAAGUGUUACGUUUCGCAGCUCAGAGAAAGAGGAGUGCUACAUGGGCGAGCCAAUGACACUCGCCAAAGACCUCUGGAAGUUGGGUAGGGGCCAGAUCCUCGCCGUGCCUGCAGUGAAUACUGGAUACGAAUAUGACCAAGCGCGAGAUGCAAAAGGACGACGCGGGUACGUCCAUGAAAUUGUCAAUCACACUCAAUACAAUACAGAGGCGGAGCUGGUGAAAUGGGAGAAGAACCCUCCGCCCAUGGUGAAAUGCAUGCCAGUGUUUGAACGACAAUGGUGGACGACGCCAGUUUGA